GCAGCAUCAUUGCGGCGCGCAUGCGUCAGAAACAAGCGGACUUCCGCUCGUUCACGCCGAUGUUUGUUGGGAGCGCGAGCGACAUGAGCCGAAAGUUAGCUGCUAACUUUUGAAACGCACGAGUUACGCAGAUAAAUGCGUAAUAAACUGGAUUUAAAGCGCAUAUGAAGCUGCGGGGGAACCAUGGAGAUGUACAGAGACGAGACGGAGUUUAUGGACAUGGACAUGAUCCAGAAGGUUGUGGGUAUGUUGAACAGAGACCGUAGCCUUCAAAGGAUUGUCAACUUUGGACUCCGGGGUCUGGAAUACACGGAUGAGGAUGAUGAUGGAAUUACGAGAUGGUUACCUCCACCGCGUUAUCACACUGGUGACAUUCCUCGCCCAUCCCCUCCAACUCCUCAGGUCAAAGAGAGUGAAGCUGAAAGAAAUGCCAGAUUACUUGAAGAAAUUAGAAAAAAGACAGAAAAGGCUGAGAAGAAGAAGCUUAAGAAACAGAAUCAGAAGAGGAAAAAACAGCUUGAGAAGGAAAAACAGAACCUCCUAAAAGCCGAAAAGGGAGAAACUGAUGCACAGCAAUCUACAGCAGAGGAUAGUAAACCCGUUGAUGGGAAACAAAAAGAUGAUACAGAUUCCAGUGUUAAAAAGUCGACUUCAGCUCAAGAUACAGAGAGCAGUGAUGGCGAAUCGAGUGGUGAAGAUAGCAACACUGAGAAUGAACCCUUUGAAAGUGAGGAAUUGGACAUGACAAGUACUUUUGUGACUAAAGCUGCUCUCAUAGCCAAGCGUAAAAUGGAGAAGAAGCCGAAGCCUGAGAGGAAAGAGAAGAAGGUCCCGGUUAAAGAAAGUAAAACCAGACAGCCAGAGCCUGAUCAGGCCUCUGCUGCCUGUAGCAUCCCCACCAUUGAAGAUAAUAUAAAAAUAAGUACUGAGCUCGCAGUUAUUGGAAAUAGAUUUGCAAGUUCUGGAGACUUUAAUAUGGCUGUGAAAUACUUCACUGACGCAAUUAAAUACAACCCUACAGAGUUUAAGUUGUUUGGGAAUCGUUCCUUCUGUUUUGAAAAGAUGAAACAAUAUGAGAAGGCGCUGGCAGAUGCAGAGCUGUGUGUUAAUUUGUGUCCAGGCUGGGUUAAAGGUCGCUUUAGGAAGGGCAGAGCUCUGGCCGGUCUAAAGAGGUAUAAUGAGGCUGCUCAGUCCUUCGGUGAAGUUCUCAAACUGGACGGUUCAUAUGCAGAAGCUGCUCAGGAACUUAUGCGAGUGCAGAUAACACAACUAAUGGAGUGUGGAUUCACCCGGGAGCAGAGCUCAAAUGCUUUAAUUAUUCAUGGAACAGUUGACGAAGCCUUAGUUGUUCUGUCUAAGUUACACCACCAUCCAGGAGCUUUUCAAAGUGCCGCCCCACCAGCGCCUCAAGUCACGAACAUCACCGGUGUGUCUCCACUCCUUUCAGCCAACACACACCAUGCAGUCGCUGGUUAUCCUUCUCAGGCCCUCACCGUUAAAAACAAAGUCAUCGGCCCAGUUCAGAAUAUGUCAAACAUUCAGAGUCAACACAAACCUGCUCCUCAUCAGGCCACGAAGAUCAGCCAUGAAAACAUUCGACCACCACCGGAGCUGUUUCCAGUUUGGGUUGGAAACUUGAGUCAUCCAGUAGCUGAGUCUCUGAUAACCAACCUGUUUAACAAGGCUGGAGUUGUCUAUAGUGUGAAGGUUCUGACUAACAAACGUUGUGCCUUCGUCAACUUUACCAAACAAGAGCAUUGUGACGAGGCGAUCCGACGUUUUCAUGGCUUUGAUCUGAACGGGAUGAAGAUCGCUGUGAGAUAUCCAGACAGGAUUCCUCAUGGCAUUGGCAUUUCAAGAUCUGCCCUCAAAGCUGAUUUCUUGCAGAAUGAAAAUCCGUGGCAAAAUGUAUAUGGAAGCCGUCCGCCUAUCUGCCCUCACAGGCCCGUGCCUGAACACAAAGACGACGAGAAGAACUGACGGGACAUGAGAUGCGUCUGAGCUUCACUGCAUCUAAAAUCUCCCAAUAAAACUAGAAUCACUCGCACAGAGUUUAAAGGCUUUUACUGCCUCUCGAAGAAGUAUUUGUUUUUAGUAAAACACAGAAACCACCCCUUAUUAGUAGAGGUUUUGAAGGAAUGUAUUAGUUCAUGACUACUUAUCUUAAUCAUUUAUUAUAUUUUAUAUAUAUUUUUGGACCAGAAGUAACAAGAUAUCAGAUGUUAAAAAAAGAAAAUUAAAUGCCAGUAAAAAGCAAUAUCUGAUUUUACAAAUAUUGAGUUUUAUUUUCUAAAACUUGGAGUUCUAAAAGAACAGUGUUCAAUUAAUGUCUUAAGCUCUUUAUUUCUAAAUGUCAAUGUCAAUAUCAAUGUCACAGACUUUGAAUAUUUUUUUUAUUGGUGCCAUGACCUUAUCUAGACAUUGAUAACAUUUACAGCCAGUAUCUGAACGAUCUGUAUCCACUAUCUAUUCAAAAUGAUCUUAUUAUUCACUUAUUAUUCUUACUGUCAAGAAAAUCCAUAGUAUAUAAUUCACCAGGGACCUCAUGGCUCAUUCAGCAGAUGACUUUAAGGUUACAGCUCAUCGUCAUGAGGCGAGCUGUCGUGGGGUUUUUUAUGCAGAUACACUCAUUCGUUUUAAGGGUUUGUUCAAGAAUUAAAGAUUCUUCCAUAUUCAGA